CACUUCAUAACUACCACCCACAACAUAUCCAAGCAGAAAUGACACAGUAAAGUCUACAACUAUCACUCUCGAAUAUCAGCCAACAUCUCUUUGGUCUACACUCCAUACAGAUAUUCUGUGUUAAUUUGUACGUGAUCAGAUCACAACCCGGCAUAUAACUGGAGCCGGCAUAUAACUGGAGCCGGCAUAUUUUACCGGCGGAUGACACUGAAGUGUUAGUAUGAGCGCUUUCAACGUAGAAGUCUGGUUGCGGACUAUAAACCUACCUGAAUAUGCCAGGGCAUUCGAUGAGGAAGGCUAUGACCGUCUCGAUUCUAUCGCUGAACUUGAACUCAGCGACUUGAUGGAAAUCCCCAACAUGAAAAAGGGUCAUGCUCGUCUCAUCUUGAAAAAAGUUGCGGAACUGAAUAAAAGACCUACGUCAGGAGCUCCUCCAGCUUUGACAGCAGCACCUACAGCUAUGCCAAUAGCACCACCAGCCCAAGCACUUGACCCCAAUAUGUCCGUCCGAAAAAAUAUAACAACAGCGCCAUCGCCCGAAACGGGCGCUGGUGGUAUGAGACCCCCAGCACUCCCAGGUAGCACUCCCACUGUGAGUUAUCCACCCGGAGUGCCACCCGGGGGAAAUGGCAAUCCACCUGCAGCAAAUGGUCUUAAACAAGACCCAAGCGCACCUCAGGGUCCUCCUAUGGGACCACCAAGAGGUAGCAGUUCCGGACCACCCGGACCUCCGCACGGAUAUGGACCUCCACCUGGUGUGAGACCGCCGCAGUAUUUUCAGGGCUACUAUCCCUAUGGUCCUCAAGGCCAUCCUAGACCGCCAAGAGAAUCAUUGGCGAGGAUUGAUCAGCCAAACGGCUCUCCGCACCCAAAUACACUCGGACCCCGUCCUACGGGCCCGAUGCAACAUGGCCCGCGUCCAUCUAAUGUUUUAGCCCCCCGAGGAAGUACUAUGGGACCUCCCCCCAGAACAAGCAGCAGUGCUCAGGGUCCUCGUCCAACCGGACCCAAUGGGUCGCCCCCAACGAAAGCUAACGGUGUAGUGCCCGCUUUCGGCAGCGCACCUCAGCCCGUACCAACCGGCCAGCCUGGACCGGGAGCUCCUCCUCCACCCGCCUACUAUGGGCCUGGGGUUUACGGUCCUCGUGGCCCACCCAAUUCUCUGGGGCACCGACCAACCGGUGGUGGCGGGCCUCCUGGGCGCAUGUCUAUGGGCAACACAUUAGGCCCCCGCCAAUCUGGUCCCAUGCGACCGUACAUGCCCUACGGAUAUGGUCCACCCCCAGGAUCCUAUGGGUUUGGACCUGGCCCUUUCGGCCCCUCAGGCCCACAACAAGGGCAAGGACCUCAAGGGCAAGGACCUCCUCCCAGUGGAGGUCCAGGUGUCUCACCAGUCAGCACUGUUCCCGGACCAGGACCGCCACCUAUGGCUACAGCCUUGGUCCCUGUCAGCGAUGACAAAGCACCUAAAAAGUCCCCUGCGCCGAAGAAAAAGGAAGGAGCUAACAUACUCACGGAUGGGCCAAGUAAGACAAAGGGGAGCCGGAAAAAGAAGGCAGAUGGUGACUUACUCGCACGCACAUCGACUAAGAAAACCAAGGUCAGUGGUGCCAGCGAUGCCCUCGCUCGUACAUCGACCAAGAAAACCAAGACUGGCUCGGUAGGCGAUACCAGCAAGGUGACAAUUGCGGCUGAUGGUACUCCGGUGGUGCCUGAAGUGUCGGUGGAUACAAAGGCGAAUACCUUAGGUCCUAAGUAUUCUACUAUACAGCCCAAGCCUAUUCCCAAAGGAAGGCCGGGCUUCAAUGGUCAGGCAGCACCUGUACCGCUCGAUGUCAAGAAAAAGGCUCGCAAGCCUUACACAAAACGUGAUCCGAAUGCGGCCUCUGCCCACAAGAAGAGCAGUAAUAAAAAAACGGUCGAUACUGCUGUCAAACCUGCCUCGAAAGCCAAAUUAGCAGUUUCGGCCGACAAAUCGGUAGCUGAGAGCGCUAAACCAGUUACACCAUCUGAAACUGUUCAGAAUGUCGUUCAUGUCACAAAACCGGGUCCAUCUCCAUCCAUGGAGCCUAAAAUAUCAUCAGUACCUCCUGCUCCAUCGCCCCUAGCAAUUAUUGCGAAAGCUGACGUGAAAGCUGAUGUGAAAAGUGACAAGAACCCCGAUGAGAAAAUCGACAACAGUGACCCCACUGCCGAUGGUGAGGAAGAGGAUAGUGAGGAAGAGCCCAUUCUGGCAAUAGGCUCAUCGACAAAAGAUGAGAAAAGAAGCAAAACGGUUUGCUCAUUGUGCGCACGCGGUGAUAAUGUUGAUGACUUGGGUGAACUGGAUGGGCCAUACCAAAAUGCAAGGAAAAGCAUGGACGACAUAUGGGUGCACGAGAACUGCGCAGAAUUCACUCCCGAGUUUUAUGUGAAUGAGGAGAAUGUCCCGUGCGGGCUUCCUAGUAUCGUAAAGCGGGGUUCCAAGACGAAAUGCAAUCAUUGUAAGUUGUUUGGCGCAACCAUCGGAUGUCAGCUCAAAUCAUGCAAAAAGUCAUUCCACUAUCCGUGUAUCCAAGCCGCCGGGGGUGUCAGGCAAAGGAGGAGUGAAGAGUUUCCUGUGUUUUGUAUAACGCACAAGGAAUAUAUAAAUAAGGUCCCGUCUGAGAAGGUGGACAAAUCAGAUAAACCAAAGGCAAAACCUGUGACAGCGAAGCGAUCAGCAGCUACUUCUAGUAAUGCGGACGAUAAGCUCAACCCACGACGACUUGGAUCAAGGACAAGCGCGCGUAGAUCGACAUCUGCCACGCCGUCAACGCGUGCCUCAAAACGACAUUUAUAAUCGUGAAUAGGUAGUUUCGUGUGACAAUGAGAGGCGUAUGAUAGUUCGCUUGUGGGUCGAUUAGUACCGCAACGUGUGAGGCGGCACCAAUAUGCACAAAUGGCUGUCAUUGUAUACUGCGUUAUCGAGUUAAUGUAUGCUGGUCAAUGCACAAGCUUAUCGUGCGACCCGUUACUACAAGUACACCAGUAUGUAUGGUAUGCACCGUAACAACUCUGUUGAGAACCUCCCAACAAACCCCCCCCCCCCCCCCUCGUCUGG